ACGUCAUUUCGCAAAGAUGGAGGGUGUCCCCAGAGUUCCGAUGAUUUCCUUUGAGCUGAAAAAUUGCGCAGAGCCGGUGGAAUUAGGACCAGAAAUAAAGAAGUAUAUUAGAGAUCACUACCAAGAAAACCCAUCCAACUAUAACAAGGAAUGCUCAGAGCUAGAUCAACUCAGACAGAAUGCCACCAGAGUCAGCAGAGAUUUCACUGGCUGCAGCUUGCUGAAGAAGUACUACUCUCAGCUCUGUUUUCUACAUAACAGAAUUCCUAUGGAGGAAGGGGCAGCAGGGGCAGUGCCCUUCAUAUGGGAAGAUGUGUACACUGGGCAGCCUGAUGUGAGGGCAGAUAUCAGAUUUGAGCAGGCCUGUAUCCUGUACAACAUUGGGUCACUACACUCUAUACUGGGCUCUGUAGACAACAGACAGUCACCAGAGGGUAUGAAGAUUUCCUGCACACAUUUCCAGUGUGCCGCAUGGUCCUUUCAGCAUCUCCGUGAUCAUUAUGGAGCUGUUCUCACAGCAGAUAUGACCCAUGAUUUACUGACAUUCCAAGUUAACCUUAUGCUGGCCCAGGCACAAGAAUGCAUCUUAGAAAAAUCUAUGGUGGAUAACAGGAAGAGUACCAUCACAGCUAAGGUGGCAGCACAAAUAGUGGAGUUCUACUCGCAGGCACUCAGGCAUCUAGAAAACAGCAAGGAUUCUACACUUCAUGGAACAAGGAGAUAUAAAGAUUUAAAAAGAAGAAUAGAGAUGAAGAGUUUUUUCUAUCAGAGUGUGAUGUACUUAUAUUUGGGCAACCAAGCAGAGGAGCAGCAAAAAUGGGGGGAGAGACUGUCAUAUCUACAAGGUGCUUUGGGGAAACUUAACGAGUGCAUGAAAUUGGCCAAGAGUGAUGAUGAAGAUGUCCAGGACACCCUCCGCUUUACUAUGGAUGUAGUUGGAGGAAAGCACAAUGCAGCCAAAAAGGACAAUGAUUUUGUGUAUCAUGAAAAAGUUCCUGAUCUAGCAACAUUGCCAGAAGUUAAAGGUGCAUCUCUAGUAAAGGGUGUCCCUUUCAACCCCAUGGACCCAGAGGUGUCAGGGCCAGAUAUUUUUGCCAAGUUGGUCCCCAUGGAGGCCCAUGAGGCAGCCUCACUGUACAGUGAAGAAAAAGCUAGUCUUAUUCGCCGUGUAUGUGGGGAAGUAGAUGAGAAAAACCAGGAACUAAGUCAGUACUUAUCAUCGCUAUCAAUCGACCCAAGCAAGUUAAGACCAGAGUCUGAGAGUUUACCAGAAGUCCUGAUGCAGAAGUGUGCUGCCAUCAGUGUGAGACCCACUGCUAUCAAGGAUCUUAUAGCUGCCAUGCAGGAACUAUCAAAUAUUGCCAUUGAGGUGGAGUCGAACUUAAAAGAGAUGCAUGAAAUUUUAGAAAAUGAUAAAGUCAAAGAGGAGGAGUUUCAGGCACAAUUUGGAAAGAGGUCUCCAAACAUUAUUGUCAGUGAACUGAGCAAAGAAAAGUCCAAAUACCAGGAAGCCAUUAGUAAGGCUGGCCAGUCUAACUCAGAGCUGCACAAAGCCAUGAAUACUCAUAUAGCCAAUCUAAGGCUGCUUGCUGGGCCCAUUGAGGAGUUGAAGGCAUCCAUCCCCUCUAUUAAAGCUUCUUUAGCCCCAGAGCAGGAGGAGGUGAUGGGUGAGAUGGAGAGACUAAUGGGGAAGGUGGAGGAGAUGAAGACCCAGAGACAGCAGCUGGAGGAGCAGUUUAGAAAACAAGUUCAUGAGGAUGAUAUCACAAGUAGAAUAGUCACUCAAGAAGACAGGGGUAUGGAGACCUACUUUAAAGAUGAGCUGAAGAAGCAUGACAAACUGAUCAGCCUGAUACAGCAGAACAUGAAUGCCCAGACCAACAUCCUUAGAGCCUUGACUGAUGCCAAUGCCAGGUAUGCCCCUGUCAGGAAAGCCAUGGGGGAUAUACAGCACAGACGUGAUGCCACAAUACAGGGUCUAAUACAGUCCUAUGAUGUGUAUGAGGAUCUAUUAGCUAAGUCUCAGAAAGGCAUUGACUUCUACAAGAAACACGAUGGUAAUGUGAGCCGACUGCUGGACAGGGUGAAGGGUGUGUGUAAAGUACUGGAGGAUGAGAGGCAACAGAUUUCCAACAGACACAAACCAAAGGCUCCACCCCCAGAGAGACCUAGUGCUCCAAAACCAGGUGUUUCCUCAACCACCUCUUCAACAGAUGUCUUUCCUGGACCCAAACUAAAGGACUUCUUACCUUACAUGAAACCAGAGACAUUUAGUCACCUUAAAGAUGAUGAUAAUCCCCCAGCUCUGCCAGCAGUCAUUGAGGGCCCAACACUCAAGGACUUCUUGCCAUAUAUGAAACCAAACACUUUUGGUCACUUGAAGGAUAAUGAUAUCCCCACUAAUAUUGAAGGACCCAAGUUGAAAGACUAUUUACCUAAUAUGCAGCCUGACAUGAAUAGGAACCCUGUUUCAUCAGAUGGGCCAAAACUGAAAGACUACCUCCCUCAUAUGAAGCCUGAAAUAUUUGGCAGGAGGGAUGGAGGUCCACAGGGGGGUGUCAGACAGCCAGGGACUAAUAUGUAUGGAGUUCAGGGGGGUGGCGGGGGAUCCCUGCCCCCCAGCCAGACAGCAUCCCCUACACAUCUCCCGUCACACCCAGCCAGUCACCCUGCCUCUCCCAGGCAUGGUGCACAGCAACAGGGACAGGACCAGAGGUACCCAGGUGGGUACCAGCCCCAGGGUAACGUUCCUUACUCCUCACAGUCAGCUCCUCAUUCCAUGCCCAACAACAACAUUUAUGGCAUGACGUCACACCUGGAUAAUAGAUACACCUCUCCAGUGCCACCACAGGCAUUACCACCAGGUGGCGUCGGGUCUGUCCAAGAUGGGGGACUUUCUUAUAUGAAGAAAGAAGAUGUGAUUGUUCCACCUACCAAGGAGCGUGAAGAAGGGGAUGGUGCUGAGUUGCUACCCACAGGAACAUGUGCUUCAUACAUGACUCAACAGCAACAAAAUGUACAGUACAGUCAGACUUCUACUUCUUCGGUAACACCAUCAUCUGCCAUUGACCAGUACAGUGGGGCAGGAAGGAUAGCACACCCUAGACCAAGUCCCUCACAGACUGUGGACACACUGAAUACUCCCAUAGCAACACCUGGUGGAGAGCAGAACCAGAGCCAGCCUCCUUAUCCCAGCAUGUAUCCUCAGCCAAGAAAUACAGGUGACUAUCAUUUUCAGCAGCAACAAGUACAGCCAAACCCUCAGGACUGGAGACCACAGCCAGGGUCUGUACAUCAAGGUUAUUAUCCACAAGGUGCCCAGUUAGGUCCACAUAUACAACAACAACAACAACAGCCUCCUAGUUCAGUUUCCUCUGGCUACCAGCAGCCAACAACCAGUCAGCAGCCACCUCAUGCUGGACAGGGUGGAAAUGCUCCUCAAAAUGUCCCAACUGGAACAAAUCAAAUACAGGCUUCAGGUGGUGCUAAGCCUUCUCAGCAGGGGCAGCUGUCAUAUCCAACAAAGCAAGACCAGACUGGGUACCCUGUGCCCCAGGGGCAGACUUUUUAUCCCACACAGCAGGGGCAGCCCUCUCACUCUGUGUCACAGGGGCAACCGUCUUACCCUGCACCACAUGCCGGGCAAGCAUCAGCUUACUCAGGCUCACAGGGUUAUGGAAGUUACCCUGCAGUGCAACAUGGCCAGACCCCUUAUUCUGGUUCCCAGACACACCACCUGUCCCAGCAUGGACAGCCAAGGUACCAAUCUCCACACAAGAGUUCCUCCUAUCCCCAAGAGCAGUUUAGUUACCCUGUCCCACAGAGCCAACAUCAGCCUCCUAAACAAUCAACAUUUCAAACAUCCACUGGGUAUCAGGCAUCUCAGACUGGGCAGAAUCAACUUCCAACUGCUGCCGUUUCUAGUUCUUCAUUUGUUGGAUACCAAGGAAAUUAUCCAGCAUCAAGCAUAAAUCAAAGUCCCCAACAAAGUAACGUGGGUCACAUUCCUGGAAACCAGCCUAUUUCUGGAAACCAGCAGGUGUCUGGAGAUCAGCAAGGAGCACCCGUUUCUGGUUCAUUACCACAGAUGAGUGCUUAUAGCUCUGUAGCACAACAUGGACAAGCCACCCAGUACAUGGGACAAAAUACACAAAGUUCCACUGCUCCAACCCUGAAGGGUGUGAAUCAGAGUGGCACCCAAUCUGGACAGCAGUUCAGCCAACCAGGUGUGUAUCAGGGUGUUCCUAGUGGACAGAUGACUGGUCAGCCAGGUGGAUAUACAGGUGGUCAGAAGGCUGGACCACAGUUCCAGCCCCAACAACCAGGGACAGUGUCCCAGUAUCAGUCAUAUCCUUCGUCUUACUCACAGACCAGCCAUACACAGUCUACCACCACAUUGGCAGUUUCUACCUCUAACAGCAUGCCAUAUUACGCCCAGGUGGGGUCUCUCCCUAGCACACAGAAUGCUGCCACAGGAAUAGUAAAUCAACAACAGUUUAGACAAUCACAACAACAGGGACAACAAACACAGCAACAGUAUCAAACACCAUGGCAGCAGCAGCAACAGCAGCCAAACCUCCAGCAAGGUCAACAACUGGGCCAAUAUCACCAAUCCUGGCAGCAACAGCAUGCCUCCCAGAUAAAUCAAACGCAAACAUCUCAGACCUAUCGUCAGGGGCAAGGAGUACCUUACAGUCCACAGUCUCAAAGAACUGGUUCUGCCAGUCAGCCAGCUGUCUAUUCCCAAGGACCACAACCUGGGUAUCCACAGGGGUUUGGUCAACCAACAGCUAAUCUGCAAAGCCAAAAGCAACAGCCGUCUGGCCCUCAGCAAGGAGGAAAUGCAUAUAUGGUGGCUGGUCAGCAACAAAUUGGGCUUGCUCAAGGCCAGCAGUCUGUAAAUGUGCAAGGUCAAGGUCAGCCAUCUGGAAAUGUCCAAGUGCAAGGUCAGCAGGCUGGAACCAUGCAGGGUCAAGGUCAGGUCCCCUAUGUUCACCCACAAGGACAAUUACCAAAUUUAGGCCAGCAGGGACAGCCUGGAACUGGGAUUCAGAGCCAACCAGCUUUCAACCAGCAACAUCAGCAUUUUGGAAAUCUGCCAUCAAUGACACCAUCAAGUUCAGUGCAGCCUGGGCAGCAGAAGUCAGCAGCAGCGGGUCCCACACAACCUGGUGCACAGACACCUUAUCAGCAGCAGACCCAACCUGAACAAGGUCCAGGACUCCCAGGACCACCACCUCUACAACCUGUUCCAGUUCAACCUCUACAACCAGUUUCAAUUCAACCUUUAGCACCAGCAGUACUUCACAGACAACUGUCCUCUGCCUCUACAGCCUCCACUGAUGACCUACUUUCUGACACCCAAUCAGAUGCAGGUGUGCCCCCUGCUGCAGUCCUGGUGCCAAAAGUGAUGACCCAGGAAGAGAUACAGAAUCAAAAAGAUGCUGCAGAUGCUCAGCAGAAAGAAGAAUUACAGCAACAACAACAGCAGCAACUGCAGCAGGCACACAAAGACCCUUACAGUGACACAGACAUUUUGCAGAGGUUUGUUUCAGAGGUCGAGAGAUUUGGAAAAGUGGUGGAAGGUUUGUCAAAGCAGACACUGAGCGGACCUACUCUCCUUGAUAAGGAGUGGAAGGAUCUGUUAGAGGAACAAGAGAAAAGCUCCAGGAAACAGCAGUCCAUGGCUAUUGCAAGGUGCUAUCCAAUGAAGAACAGGUUCCCAGAUGUCAUGCCAUUUGACCAGAGCAGAGUGCUCUUAACUUCCACCAAGGAUGACUAUAUCAAUUGCAGCUACCUGGAUGCCUGCAGCCCUGACUGUCCUGGGAUUAUAGCCACUCAAUCCCCACUGCCCUCCACAGUGACCGACUUCUGGACCAUGGUGUAUGAACAGCACACUGAGGUGGUGGUGGCUCUGGUAGGAGACAUGGAGUUGGGGAAGAAUAAAAUGAUAGCUUACUGGCCAGAUGACAAGGGUCAGAGUCUGACAUAUGGUCCUUUUACUCUGACUCUACAAACCAAGAAAGAGAACCAAGCCUGGACUGAGAGGUUCAUCACUCUGAGCCACAAAGAAACUAAAAUUUCUAGGACUGUUAUACACAUGCAGUUCCUAUCUUGGCCACCAAGUGGAGUACCAGAGAGUCCCAGUCUCCUCAUUUUGUUCAUAAAUGAAGUCCAUAGCUUUUACAAAUGUCAAAGGAAUGCCUCCAAACCCAUAGUGGUCCACUGCGAUGGUGGUGUAGGCAGGACAGGAGUGUUCUGUACAGUGUACUCAGGUGUUCAGGAGAUCCAGAGAGGCAAUGGUAUCAUAGAUGUCCUCUCCACCAUACUGAAGAUGAGAGCCAAGAGAAAGAUGAUGGUUCAAACCAAAGAACAACUCAAGUACUGCUACGAGGCUAUCUUAUACCACGCUGAGGACACCUUGAUGAAACUUGGGCAAUCCCCACCCAGGAUGUUUGGUGGUAUUCUGGCCAACAAGGCCUCAUUUGGAGACAAGCUGCCUACCCCCGGCCAGUCCCACCAGAGGAAGCCAUCAGAAGACUUCAUCCUGGGCACCACCAGCCUCAGCACCAUAGAGUCCAACAUAUCCAAGAUGACUUUCAAAAAGUACAAUGUAAUUGGAAGUGACUCCAGUAAUUCUUCGAGAUCCUCCUCUCUCCCACCACAACCUCCUGUGCUGGAUGCCCCACCUACACAAGUGGGCUUAGCAGCUUCAGAUUCUAAUAUCCAUGGAAUGGUGCUCUCUUAUAGUGGCGCAGACACAAGUCAAAAAGACAUUAUUCAAGGAGACAACCAGAAUUUACCGGCUAAUCUCAGUGCAUCACUUUACAGUGUAGGGUCUGCACAGGGGGUAAUGGGUCACCCUGGAAGCCAAGGUCAAAUAGCAGAAGGUCAAGGUCAAGGCCAAAUGCUGCCAGAACAACUUUUACAUCCACUGGUUGGACAAUAUUCCAGAAGCCGAUCAAGCUCAAGCUCUUCAAUCCGCAGUGCUAGCGCCAGCCUGCCAGCCUCUCCCCAGCAUCAGUUAAAACACCCCAGUCAUGGGGGCGAUGCCUCCCAGUUACCACCCUCUCUGGCUGAGAUACAGAACCCAAGUACUUUUUCUCUAGACGCAGAGGGUAAGGACAGGAAAAUUACAAAAUCGAGUUUCAGUGAUAAGACAUCCCACAUCAGGGACCAUGUCAAAGAUCCCAAUGACCCCCUGAACAGACUUGAUCCAUUGUGGACUAUAGCAAAGGAGAAGGAUGAAAAAUGAUGCUUAUCAAAACUUAUAGAAUUAUAACAGACUUGAAUCAUAUUGUGCUUGGAAGCUGGCCAUUUGAUUAUAUAAACCAACUUUUAAUAUACAAGUGUUGCAAUUUUUUUCUUAAAAAGCAAGAUAUGACAUGCUAGAAACAUGCAUUAGUCUACACCUCAUAUUAAGUUUGAAAAGACAACUUCAAGAAUUGACAUUAUUUCUGACUUAUCAAAAAUGCCCAAUUUUUGCUUUCCAAUAGAAAAUAUUGGCCAAAAGAGAUCAAGAAUGCUUAAACUUUCUGAGUUGAAAAACAUUGCCUUUCUUGUUGUAGUAGUGCUUGUGCUACAUUGUGUGCAUAUAACCAGCUGAAUGUCUACGAUUUGAAAAAUGUAUAACUUUUUUAUUCAAAAUCAAAUCCAAUUCUAGCCAUUGGUGAAAAAUUUGCAUGCUUACAUGAGCCUUAGGCACUAGAAAUCGUACUGGGAAAAUUCUAGCGCCGGUGAAUGUGGUUCUUUGUUCUGCAGCCGCAUUCCCAAUGAUAAAAAAACUAUAUAUCUUAAUAUAUCUGUACCUCACUGGAGUGCUCACGUUUUAUCUACAUGUAAUGUAACGGCUGCAGCAGAAUUUACCCAGAAAGCACAACGACGGGACCACGUGGUCCCUGUGAUGCUACUACGAAAUGUCAUUUAAUUCAGAUCACUGUAUCCACGUCGCCCCGACAUUGGGUGUUUACUUAGUGUGUCCGUCGUCCGCUAGAAUGAAUAUUACUUAACUGUUUAAGAUAGUUAAGAUACCAUAGCUUAGUGUUAGUUGGACUCCAUGUAGGCAAAAUAACGCUAGUUUGUAGUCUGAUAGAAAGAUCAAAUACGCUGUCUUUUCCUCAGAACUUCUAUAAGAGGAAGUCUACGUGUAUUUCAUAUAAAUAUAUCGAGCAAGAAGACACGAGAGAAAGCUAAUAUUAUUUUGCAAUUAUUAUAUUUCCUCAUAACAUUGAAGCUUAUUACACGCUGACAUAAAAGUAAUUGUGCAAUAUUGUUGUAAGUAAUACAAUUUAUUAUAAUUUCUCGUCCAAGAUUCUGGCGAUAAAGGUGAUUCGUCAUAGAACGACAAAUGUCAGUGUUUUGUUGUUAAAUCGUCAGAAGAUAUUUAUCUUAAAUAUAUCUCUUGAUUUACUAAGGCCAGUCGUUAAAGUGAGCACAUUGCUCAGUAAGUACUGCAUCACGAUUUCUUAGAAAUCAAUAUAAAAGCACAUGAGCUAAAGAUGAAAGAUUUUUGUAUUCAAAGUCGUCGUAAUUUUAUUAAAGAAAUAAUAAAUCA